AUGGAAAAACGUCGCGUCGCUAUUAUUGGAGCCGGCCCUUCUGGUCUCACGAGUAUCAAACAAUGUCUUGAUGAUAAUCUCGAACCUGUUUGCUUUGAAGCAUCUGAUCACACUGGUGGUCUUUGGCGUUAUAUGGAAGUGAAUGAGAAAAAUAAGGAUCCACAUUCUUCUAUUUACCAGAGCGUUGUCAUUAAUACUAGUAAAGAAGUGAUGGCUUUCACUGAUUUUCCUGUUCCUUAUGAGUGGCCAUCGUUUUUGCAUAACAAAUUCGUUGUUAAAUACUUUGAUAUGUAUGCGGAAAAAUUUAAACUUUUACCAUAUAUCAAAUUUAAUUCUCCAAUUCAACGCUUGUCAAUUCGUCCCGAUGAUCGAUGGAAUGUCCGUUAUUUAAAUAAAGAUAAUAAUGAAGAACAUGAAGAAAUAUUUGAUUAUGUAAUGGUUUGUAUUGGACAUCAUCGUUAUCCAAGAACUCCUAAAUACAUUGGAAUGGAUAAGUUCACCAAUAAACAAAUACAUUCUCAUUUAUAUCGUCGUGCUAGCGAUUAUGAAAAUAAACGUGUUCUUGUUGUAGGAUGUGGAAAUAGUGGGAUGGACAUUUCAGUUGAAUUAUCCAGUGUCGCAUCUCAAGUAUUUUUGUGUGCGAGAAGAGGUUAUCUUCCAUGGAUCCUUCCUCGGCGUCUAUUUGGUCAUUUAUCAGCUGAUCAAUUAGCGACGCGUUUUUUCCAUUACUUGCCAGUAUUUCUAAAAAAUUGGUUAAUCGAAUUUAUUGCAAAUUAUACAGUUGGUCCACAUCCUCAAGAAUUUAAACCAAAGACUCCACCAAGCGCGAAUCAUCCAACUGUUAAAUCGGAUUUUCUUGAACGUGUUGCGAUUGGUACAAUUAUACUUAAGCCUAAUAUUACUGAAUUAAAGGCUGAUAAUUCAAUCGAAUUUGUUGAUGGAAGUGUAAUUGAAAAUAUUGAUGUAAUAAUUUAUGCAACUGGAUAUGAUUUCGUUAAUUUUUCAUUUUUGGAUAAAGAAAUUGUUUCCGGUGGUAAAGAAGUUGAAAAUCAAUUUGGAAAUGAAGAAUAUAAGGAAAAUUUAGUUUGGUUAUAUAAAUUUAUUUUUCCACCAAGGAUUACUAGUAUCGCUUUUAUCGGAUUGGUUCAAGCAAUUGGUGCUAUAAUGCCAGUUAGUGAUUUACAAGCACAAUAUGCAACAAGUUUCUGGACUGGUAACUUAUCUAAGACACCAACGCCUAUAGAAAUGGAGAAAGAUAUAAAGAAAACCCAAGAUAUUAUACGAAAACGUUAUUAUCAUUCAGCGAGACAUACUAUUCAGGCUGAUAUGAUUCCUUACAUGGAUGAAUUAGCAAAAGAUAUGGGUUGUUUACCUUAUCCAUCGAAAGUAUUAUUCAAAUUUGGUCCAAAAUUGUGGAAAUUAGUCCUAUUUGGCGUACCAACUCCUAUUCAUUAUCGAUUACUUGGAAGACAAUCUUGGGAUGUUUUAGAAAGUCCGUGGUCUUAUUCCGUGGAUAUUUAA